AUGCGUUUCUCAUCAGCUUCUCUAUCCACAGUCUUACCUUCGGACAGCCAUAUCAACUUACAGUCAGGUCUCACUUCCGACACCGAAAUGGCCGGUGUCUUCGCGACUCAGCACCUAGAGAAGGUCUACGGGUCCGAGAGACAAGCGCGUGUUCUCCCUACUGAACACGCGCAAUCAGAAAUCGAUAACGUGUUACUCGAUCCUAUGGACACGAGUUCUAUCAAAUCCUCUCCUGCUCAGCAGCCAGAGACCAAUGCUCAGUCUGUUGGCUCCAAUCCUCCGCAGAAUCAUGUUCAGUCCUACUCUCAUCUCGGACCCUCUUUUUCCAAUGAAAUGCCCCGCUAUGUUGCUACAAUUGAUGAUCCGUAUCCCUGGGGUCCAUCGCUCAACUCCCCCUUCGUCAGACCUCGCUUUGCAUUCUCCCCGAAGUCUAGAGCUGCAAGUCGCAUCAAGUCCAAUCCAAUCGCAAUCGCAAAGCCAUCCGCCAACAGAACCAAGCAGAUAUCCUUUGCGGCGCGGAAUGGUUCUACCUUGACCGGCUUCAACCACACUACGCGUCCCUUUUGGAAUAACCGACUUGUGAAUGACACCAGUCUCUUGAGCAGUGGGGUCCCUUCCGUCGCUAAUCGUGGUCUUGCAUGGACCAACUUUCAAAAAAUUAACAUGCCCUCUCAAGGUCAUCCUCUUAAGUCCGACCGCUCGGCGUCUGUACUGUCUGGAUUCUCGUCUCUUCCUCGUAAGAGAUCUAUUGACGAAGACGCUACGAGUAACCCGCCUCAGAAAGUCAUUGACGACUCCAGCAACAUCCUUAUUGCUCCUUCCGCUAAAUAUCGUCGUGUGGACCAAAAGGGGUCCCGCUUGUCUCCUAUCCUCCCUAAUGUGACCGCCCCGGAUAUGGCAGCUGGCCCUCAAAAUGGGGAUGGCUGCGGCAAGGCCGAUUCUGAACCUACACCUACGGAUAGUAGCGAUGGCAAUCUGUUUGUUCAUACUGGCAACACCAACCCAUCCGUUACCUCGUCACCCCAGGACAAAGCGAUAGAUACUCUCAUUUCCGAACCCAGAGUUCAAGGCAUCACCUCUGAAAGCCAGGGGGAUAUAGCACAGACUACCACGCAACGUGCCGGAGGUAAUUUCCCCGCUCAUUCUCACUUCCCCCCCUUGUUCACCCGUGGUCCCAAGCCCGUUGAAGGUCCCAUCCGUCCUUUUGAAGUCCGCGAUGUCAUUCCCCAGUGGCAUGAUCGCUUCCCCCAUAAUCCCAUACGCAUUCCGGGCAGUUGGCCCGAGGAGUCUCACUUCGAUUCGAUUGCUGAUGUCCGUCAAGGCUGUAACGACCCACUUCGAGUCACACCGCUUCCUAAACCACCCGCUUUGAACGGUUUGGCCUCUCCGGAACACACAUUUGGCCAGCAGCCCACUGGGUCGUGGCAGGAGACAUUCUACAAUGCUCGGAAUAGUACUGUGGGCCGUGUAGUCAGAAAGGUUUUCAGUUAUGCUUGGUCAACCGUCACCCGGCUCUUCAAACCAAGCGGCGUUUCAUCUCGUCGAACCGCUGCUGCUGUGUCAACUUCCACCACUCGGGCAAACCUCCGUAACUUUCCAGAGCAGCAAAGACAGCAACUUAAGAGUCAUCAAUGGCGGAAGGAAAGAGGGUAUCCUACUGUUGAACACUAUCCAUUUCCAGAACUGUCCCUUGAUAUCCCACUCUACCCGGCUGGCGCUGCUUCUCAGGCCGAAUCAACGGCGGAAGUUCGCGGUCGUUCCGUAUCAAAGAAGCCCAGUGGAACCCCGCGGCAGCCUCGAAAGCGUAUUGGAACAUCGGGACCUCGUACUGUUUCACUCAAGGAACGAGGGAAACAUGGAAUGGAGAAGCGAGCGCGUGUGGAUUCGCUCAGUCCGCGUCUCAAACGACGCCUGCUCGCGGGCACCCGACUCAGUCGUUGGAGAAAUGCUCGUCGUGAGCGCGCUCUGGCCCAUGCACUUGAAACAACCGAACAUGAUGCAGUUCGGCCAGUGCAAACAUCUGCCCAGGCGUUGAGCAUCAGUCCCAUUGAAUCCAGACGCUCUACACUGAUUCAGCCUCGAGCUACUAUUGAGCCAAAAUCGAAACCGAAGCGCGUCCGGUUCCAAGAGCCUUUGACAGAAACUCCUACCCUCACAGCUCCAACCCUCCUAACGGAACUUGCCCCUCACCUCACCCCACCCUCCCCUAAAAUUGACCGGGUUGCCCAUAGAACAGAACAGAUUGUUGAAGAGAAAGAGAAUGUGCCCCCGGCGCCCGAAGCUGCAAAGACAGUGGAACAUGCUGCGCGUGACGACGAACUUCGAACCAGACAUGAUGACUGGCUUCGUACCGAGUUUCCAUUUGGGCGACCCGUGUCCGCAGUUAGGCUUUUCUACCCAGUUCAGAAGCCACUUCCGCCAGGUCGCACAGAGUCUAUUUACGCGGCUGAAUGGAGAAAGAUCGAAGAAGAACAAAAAGCGAAGCAAAAACCUGUCCGAGUCAAACCGGAGGGCCCUGCUGUCCGACCUCUCCCUCCAAAAUGGGAAGCGAAAGUUUCGGAGAUCAAGUCCAUGCCAAACAAUCGGCAGAUCGCCACUACCCUGUCCGGCGAUCCUCUGACCAAGAGAGAUCUUGCCACCUGCUACACUCCAAUGGCAUGGCUGAAUGACGAAAUCAUCAACUCGUAUCUUGCUCUGAUCGUUGACUACUUGCGUCGUUCUCACGGAAACGCCGGGCGUCAUGACAAGCCCCGAUUCCACGCAUUUAACACGUUCUUCUUCUCAAAUUUGCGCGACAAAGGCUACCAGUCGGUACGCCGCUGGGCAACACGUGCCAAAAUUGGGGGAGAGGCUUUAUUGAAUGUUGAUACUGUUUUCAUCCCUGUGCACAACAGUGCGCACUGGACAUUAAUCGUCGUCAAGCCAGGAGAGAGAACCAUCGAGCACUUCGAUUCCCUUGGUUCUCUAUCCCGGCGCCACGUGGGCCUGGUGCAGGGCUGGCUACGGGCUGAGCUCGCCUCCCGUUAUGUUGAGGAGGAGUGGACAGUGCUCCCGUCCAUCUCCCCUCAACAGGAUAACGGGAGCGAUUGCGGCGUCUUCCUCUUGUCGACUGCCAAGGCGGUGGCCAUCGGUCUCGAGCCACUAUCAUACGGCGCUAAGGACAUUGGCGUCCUGCGCCGUAAGAUAGUGGCUGAGCUAAUGAACGGCGGCCUUGAAGGGGAUUUCGAUCCCACCAGCGGGGGUGGAGAACCGCUGCUUUAA